CCCCCUGCGUCUUUAAGGCGUAAUGGGCGCGAGAACCCGCAGGUGUUCUUGUUGUGUGUACGUGAAGGCGGCGUGGCUUCCUGAUGCUCUCGUUGUCCGUGUUGUCACUUAGGUCCUCUUGGCCACUGGCCUGUCUGUCAUUCAAUGCAUCAGGGUCACUGGCCAGCGCUGGUGUGGCAUGCGGUGGGCGCAAGUCUGCCACUGUAAGACAUACGCGCCCAAUGACGUGCCUGCAGCCUGCGGUGAGCGGGAUGACAAUGUCUGAUGCUCAGAUGACGAAGUCCAGCGCUGCUGAGCACGCAUGCACACGCUUGGCAGCAGAUCAAUGUGUUCGUUCGUUAUGCACACAGAAGAUUCAUCGCAACGACGCUGCAUUGACCGACCGACCAAACCAAACUACACCGACUACAGAGCGACAUCUAACCUACACCCAACAGACACGCACACGCGCGCUCACCACCCACAACACAGGCAGUUCGUCAACCCAAGAGGGGAGAACUACACAGGAAGCAGGAGGGAGACUGCUGCGAGCAACGCGACCACGGGCCGGACUAGCUACGUACUGCAGAAGGAAAGGAGGCAGGAGAACCGGCGCAGGAGCGAAGUAACGGCAAAAAAUCGAACGGAGAGAAAUCGAACGAAAACAAAACAGAGAGAUAGUGUACUGCGACUGGUCCGAUAAAUAGACGCGAGACCCAAAGAUGCGUUAUCCAAGAGAUGUGACUGACGGAAGGAAAUGGGAGGGAGCCGCGUGCCUAACACACGCCGAC